AAUAAAAGUUUGUCUACACUUCCAAAAAAACAAAUAUAAAUAAAUUGUGAGUGUGUUUAGAGAUUAGGUUGUUGUUGUUGUUGUCACUCUCUUGUUCUUCUUCCUCUCUGUGCGGCUAGGGUUUUCAUUCACUUCACUAUCCCCUUUCCUUUCUUCUUCUUCCUUUCCCUAAUUCCUUCAAUCCCUUUUCGAUCUGAAUAUUCUUCUUAUGGAUUUCAUCUCCUGUUAGUAUCAAUCACCAAAAAAACCAGAUAAAAAAACAUUGAAUAACAAGGGUUUUUUGUUGUUAUUUUGUUUGUGUUGAAAAUGGCGACAAUUAACCCUUUUGAUUUGUUGGGUGAUGAUGCUGAAGACCCUUCACAGUUGAUUGCUGCUGAACAACUGAAAGCGGCGGCGGCACCCAAAAAGGGGACUGAACAAGGCAAGCAGGCUGCUCCUAAGAAGGCAGCCCAGUUACCUUCCAAACCCCUUCCUCCUUCUCAGGCUGUGAGGGAGGCCAGAAAUGAGCCUUCUCGUGGUGGCCGUGGAGGCGGACGUGGAUUUGGACGAGGUCGCGGUGGCGGCGGUAGCGGUGGCGGCGGCUAUGGCCGUGACUUUUCCAAUGAUGAUAACUCAUUGCCUGCUCCUCCUGCUAAUCAAGGCUCUUUCGAAGGAGAUUCUGGGAAUCCCACUGAGAGACGAGGUUAUGGUGCACCACGUGCUCCUUAUCGUGUUGGAGGCGAGCGCCGCCGUGGAGGUUUCAGCAAUGGUGAAGCUGGUGAAGAAGGCCGCCCACGUAGGACAUUUGAUCGCCACAGUGGAAGUGGACGAGGUGGUGGUUUCAAACGUGAAGGUGCUGGACGAGGCAAUUGGGGAACUCAAUCUGAUGAAAUUGCCCAGGUGACUGAGGAAGUGUCAAAUGAGCCUGAAAAGAAUGUGGCUGAGGAGAAGCCUGCUGGCAACGAAGAUGCCACAGCUGAAGGAAACAAGGAUGCUCCUGCUAAUGAAGCUGAAGAGAAGGAGCCUGAGGAUAAGGAGAUGACAUUGGAAGAAUAUGAGAAAGUGCUGGAAGAGAAAAGGAAAGCCCUUCAGGCACUCAAGACUGAAGGAAGAAAGGUGGAUACUAAGGAGUUUGAAUCCAUGAAGCCACUUUCAUGCAAGAAAGAGAAUGACGAGAUCUUUGCUAAACUGGGAUCUGACAAGGACAAACGCAAAGAUGCUUUUGAGAAAGAGAAGGCAAAGAAGGCCUUGAGCAUUAAUGAGUUUCUGAAGCCUGCUGAAGGAGAGAAGUAUUACAACCCAGGUGGACGUGGUGGCCGUGGAGGACGUGGCGGCCGUGGUGGUUCAAGAGGAGGAGGUUAUGGUGGAAAUGCUUACAGCAAUGUCCCAGCCCCAUCCAUUGAGGAUCCUGGGCAAUUCCCAACCUUGGGUGGUGGCAAGUGAGAUAUUUCAGUACCAUUUCCCCCUAUCCCUUUAUUUACCUUCAAUUUUGGGUUUUCUUCUUUGAACUUCUUUUAAGACAUUUUUUUUUCUCUUAAACUUCUUAAGACAACUUUGGUUAUUGGAUUCUCUUGAGUUAGAAAGUUUAUUUAACAUUUUGAUGUAAAUUUAGAUUGUUCUUCAUACAGUCCUUUGUAGUCUUUUUCCUUUUAUUGUUAUGUUUUGCUGUGUUUUGAUAUUUGGGGGGCUAUAUGGUGACAAGACAAAAAAAAAUGUUUUUUUGAGUUUAGUUUUAUUUAUAGAUUGAAUUCUCAA